UUAUAACUUUGACAUAAGAUAUAUUUACCUGAAUAAAGUACUAGAAGCAGAAGAUAUGAAAAUGAAGUAUCUAUAAGUUUCAUUAUAUAAAAAAGAGAAAAUUAUCUUUACUUUUAUUUUAUUUUCUGUGAUUACAUAUUUUUAGAAACGUGUGAUUUAAUUUUAGAUGUAAUUCAACAUGGUGUGCUUAGAAUGGAAUAAGUCACUCAUCUGAUUUGAGUACAGAAACUGCAAACGCCAAAAGCAAUGAGUUGGAGACUUGGAAAACGCGGGAAAAUAUUCACACAACUUUUUACCGUAGUACAUUGGCAAACAACAGCUUCCGGAGAGAGGUCUGCAGCCAAGGACGACGCUAAACGGGAAAAUGAACAGUUAUGUGCUGAAAUAGACAGCUUUGGGCGUGAAAUUAAAAAGCUCAAACAAAUUGUUGACCAUUUGUCAAGAGACUAUGAAGAUUCUAAAGGAUAUGAUCCACUAAGACGGUAUGAAAAAUUAAAAGGAAUGAUUAAAAGGACAAUAAUGCAUUUAAGACUAAAUCCAGACGAGCCAAACACGGUUCAAAAUAUUGGUGUUGGAGGAUUAGUCCAAGGAUGCAAGGACUUCAGCCAUCAAGCCGAAAGUGCCAGGAGAAGAGAAAACAAAUAUUCUAAGAUGUCAAGACAAGAGCUACAGGACGAAAAUGUCCAGCUUUCAGAUCAAGUUCGAGAACUACGUCGUAAAUGUUCUAUUAUACGUGACAUUAUUGAUACACUUCACAAACACUAUGAAAUGUCAAAAAGAGCUCCUGUUAUGCGGCGAUAUAACAUGCUUAAAGUAAUGAUAAAGAAAGUUAUACAUGAUGAAUUGAUAUAGAUGUUGUUAAAACAAAAAUGCUUUUGGUGCAGUCGUUAUAUUUCAAAUGAUAGUGCAUUUACAUACAUGCAUCAAUAUAAUCGUUGUACAGUAUAAUUAUGGCUUAUUGCUUGAGUUUACAGCAUUUGGAAUAAUAUGUUAUAUUCAACAAAAGUCAAUUUUGAACUACAUUAAUUAGGUAUGACUUAUUCUGAAACAACAAAGCUACUUUUGUAAUGAAUGCUUUUAUAAUUUAAUAAUUCGUUUUUAUGUGUUAUUAGUAUGUAUUAUAUAUAUGUUCAUAUUCAGUUUUAUCUAGCUACAUUUAAUAAACAUAUACAGUUUAACAACAGUUAAAAGGCAAUAUUGGAUAUAAAAGAACCGUUUCUUCACAAAUUAAUUCUCAAUUGAAAGAAAACGCACAAGAUUGUCCUUCAGACAUUAUUGAUUUGUGAUGCUAGAAUAGUUGUUAUAUUUGUUUCUCAAUUUUAAUACAUUUCAUAUAUGCUAUAUAAAUGUCAUAAAGAGCUACAUAUAAAUGUAAUAGACCUCUGAAAUUGUCUAACAUUAAGUGAAAAAAAAACUUAAAAAUUAUAUACAGUAUGAUAAUAAACAAUGAUAAACAAGUUUCAACUUGUAAGCAACAGUAUGAUGAUUUCUAUACAUAUAUGUUUGAAAUCAAAAGAAUACAUUGGUUUAAAUAAGGCGUUGAUCGUGAUUUACAAGUGUUUUAUGACAUUGAAAAUGUAAACCGAAUAAAAUAGAUAAUUAUUGACGUUCUGUGAUUGAACACCCGUAUCAGUCUGAUAAUAUGUUAUAUCAAGCGAUAUAUUCUUUCAAUUUAAAAAAAACCUUUCUGCGAUAUUUCAUUUUGACAAUAGGGGAUUUGAUUGUAAAGAUGCUAAGACAUGAUAAAAAAAUAAACGGUAAAAC